AUGAUAUCACUAAAAAUAUUACAGCAGUUAAGGAUCUAUUCCAAUAGGAGGCAUAUAAGCUUUACCGUAACAGCCUUAAAGCCAAAACUGUUACCGUUUUCGUCUAUACCACAAGAUGACAUUGGACAUCCAAUUCUACAACGGAAGGCCAGAUGUGGUGAAACAACUGCGACAGACACUCUCGAGUUUGGAAUCAAGUGUGCCAAAGUAGGUUUACAUAAAAAUACAUUUGGUUCAGACAUUACUCUAAAAAAGCAAGUUUAAUAAACACUCAACAGCAGCAAGUAUAAUAUAUUCAUCUUCAGAUUUGUUCGUUAGGCAGUUCCUUAGCUGGCAUGGUCAUGGUACCAGUUCUGUCAUCACAAAUCGCCCAGAAUGCUUCCGAAAAGCCUUCUGUAAUGGCCUUUUUGGUGGUAGCCAACUGCUUUCUGGGUAUCUUAACAUUCACGCCUCUGCUGCUCCAUUCCUUGACCAAGCGUUUUGUGUCUGAUAUCUACUAUAACCCGAAGACAAGUACCUUUACUUCAGUACAUUACAACUUUCUACUACAAAAGCGAGCUUUACAGUUCAAGGCAUCAGAUGUUGUUGUAGCAGAGAAAGCUGAAACUAUGCAGACGCUGUGGAUUCCAUUGGCCACCAACUUUGUUGGGGAUUACCCUAUGAUAAUGCUGUUGGAUGAAGUGCAGUACAGCGACAAGGAGGCCUUCAGAUUGUUGACGGCCAAUAUUCCGCCUCCAGAAGAUCCAAAACCAACUUGA